GGUCCAGUGGGAUUUAUGAAAAGUGCCCUCUCUAGAGCUGAGGAUGAAGAAUGGAAGAGAAUACGAUCAUUGCUCUCUCCAACCUUCACCAGUGGAAAACUCAAGGAGAUGGUCCCUAUCAUUGCCCAGUAUGGAGAUGUGCUGGUGAGAAAUCUGAGGCGGGAAGCAGAGACAGGCAAGCCUGUCACCUUGAAAGACGUCUUUGGGGCCUACAGCAUGGAUGUGAUCACUAGCACAUCAUUUGGAGUGAAUGUCGACUCUCUCAACAAUCCACAAGACCCCUUUGUGGAAAACACCAAGAAGCUUUUAAGAUUUAAUUCAUUAGAUCCAUUCAUUCUCUCAAUGAAAAUCUUUCCAUUCCUUACCCCAAUUUUUGAAGCAUUAAAUAUCACUGUGUUUUCAAGAAAAGUUACAAGUUUUCUAAGAAAAUCUGUAAAGCGGAUAAAAGAAGAUCGCCUCAAAGAGACACAAAAGCGCUGAGUGGAUUUCCUUCAGCUGAUGAUUGACUCUCAGAAUUCGAAAGACACUGAGUCCCACAAAGCUCUGUCUGAUCUGGAGCUUGUGGCCCAAUCAAUUAUUUUCAUUUUUGCUGGCUAUGAAACCACGAGCAGUGUUCUCUCUUUCGUUAUGUAUGAACUGGCCACUCACCCUGAUGUCCAGCAGAAACUGCAGGAGGAAAUUGAUGCAGUUCUACCCAAUAAGGCACCACCCACCUAUGAUACUGUGCUACAGAUGGAGUAUCUCGACAUGGUGGUGAAUGAAAAGCUCAGAUUAUUCCCAGUUGCUAUGAGACUUGAGAGGGUCUGCAAAAAAGAUGUUGAAAUCAAUGGGAUAUUCAUACCUAAAGGGGUGGUGGUGAUGAUUCCAAGCUAUGUUCUUCAUCAUGACCCAAAGCACUGGACAGAGCCUGAGAAGUUCCUCCCUGAAAGGUUCAGUAAGAAGAACAAGGACAACAUAGAUCCUUACAUAUACACGCCCUUUGGAAAUGGACCCAGAAACUGCAUUGGCAUGAGGUUUGCUCUCAUGAACAUGAAACUUGCUCUAAUCAGAGUUCUUCAGAACUUCUCCUUCAAACCUUGUAAAGAAACACAGAUCCCCCUGAAAUUGCACUUUGGAGGAAUUCUUAAAACAGAAAAACCCAUUGUUCUAACGGCUGAGUCAAGGGAUGAGACCGUAAGUGGAGCCUGAUUUCCCUAAGGACUUCUGCUUUGCUCUUCAAGAAAGCUGUGCCCCAGAACCCCAGAGACCUCAAAUUACUUUGUGAAUAGAACCCUGAAAUGAAGAUGGGCUUUAUCCAAUGUACUG